UGGACAACUUCAUACAUGCCGACCAACAAUGCGUAAUCUUAAAAUUGUUGGCUACCAGGAGGCAUGGCUACAGCUCCAAUCCUCGUCGCCACAAUUGCCUUUGACUGCAACAGCAUGGGAUGCUGGAAACGACACAGUCAUCUGUGCAUUUGGGCCCACCACCACAGCGCCAUUCAUUGAAUUGAAACGGAGACAGACAGGUCAAGCUACACAAGACCAGGCCUUUGAGCUCAUUGCCUCUUGGGACGCACCAUCUCCGCUUGAGGACCUCGCAUGUGAUGAGAUUCUUCUUCUUCAACACUUUCCAGACACUGCAACAUCAUGUCUAGUCCUGGCCGGUGGGGAUGUCAUUGUUGUUCGCGAGAACCCUCAACCCGACCAAGAGAAGAUUGAGAUUGUAGGGAGUGUCGAUGUUGGAAUUUGUGCUGCGGCGUGGGCCCCUGACGAGGAACUGCUCGCCAUUGUCACCAGAGCUGAUACUCUGGCUCUCAUGAGCAGAAACUUCGAACCCUUGAACGAAGCCACGUUGUCUGCCGACGAUCUCAAGGCUUCCAAACAUGUGUCAGUCGGCUGGGGAAAGAAGGAAACCCAGUUCCAAGGCGCCCGAGCAAAGGCUCUUCGAGAUCCUACUGUUCCUGAAAGAGUGGAUGAAGGUCUGCCUAGUCCCAAUGAGAACGGCAAGAUUGUGAUCUCGUGGCGUGGAGACGGCCAGUACUUCGCCAUCAACAGUUUCAUUUCCGGCCAUCGUCGUGUGAUUCGAGUUUUCACUCGAGAUGCAGUCCUCGACAGUGCAAGUGAGCCUGUGGACGGCUUUGAAUCGGCCUUGUCUUGGAAACCUUCUGGCAGUCUCAUCGCAGGGAUCAAACGAAACGAGAGCAGUAUCGAGGUUGUCUUCUUCGAGAGAAAUGGACUUAGACAUGGUCAAUUUGAUCUCAGGGUUGACCAGAACGCGAUGAAUACAUGGGCGUCCUCCAUUACUCUGGAUUGGAACACCGAUUCCAGUGUAUUGGCUGUUGGUUUCCUAGAUCGGGUUCAGUUCUGGGUUAUGGGGAAUUAUCAUUAUUAUCUCAAGCAGGUUAUCCCUCUGGUCGGCUCAAAUUCGAGUGCCAUCCCUCUAAGGUGGCACCCUGAAACGCCUCUGCGAGCAUUACUGGCUUCCAACUCUUGUGUCCUCGACGUGACAUUCCAGCUCGGUGUGUCAAGAGGAACUACCCUCGAACCUUACGACCACGGCAUUGUCGCUGUCAUAGACGGAAAAUCCCUCAAGCUCACUCCAUUCAAACAAGCCGGUGUUCCGCCUCCGAUGGCCUUUUGUGAGGUCAAUGUUGAACACAAUAUCGUGGAUGUUGCCCUUGGUCAAGAUGGCCAGCAAUUCGCAAUUCUGACUACCCACACCCUUGAACUUUGUCGCUGGACUGUUCGAUCAGAUCCGAAAGUCAAAGGAAAUACCAACAAGAUCAAAUUCACGACCAAUGUCAACAAGCAAUCCAUUGCUUUUCCAGAAGAUGAUAUCCCAGUGCGACGGUACACUCAAAUCGUCUUGAAGGAUGGCGAGGCGUACAUGCUCUCUCCCCGGCAAGCUUUUCUCCCCGCUUUUGUUCGAAAGGUGUCCUGGAUAGGCGAUGAUGUUGAAGCUGCAUCAGAUCCACUCAUCGAAAUCGAUGGCGAGGCAUCAACCCUUCUUCUCGAUUCCGCCUUCAAAGAUGUGUUUUAUACAGCCUCUCACCUGACCAAACCCCUACUACAUUCUUCCGAAAGUGUGACAUUAGCCGGCAGCCAACCCAACAGCAGCAUCUUCACUCUUCCAUCAUCCGACACAGCCCAUCUCUCCAACGGAUACACAAAUAGCGACGUCCAAGAAUACCACAAAGUCUCACUCUCUUCAUCGGGAUAUCUCACAUUCGACAACAACGUCAUCGUACGAGAUUGCACAUCAUAUAUCCUAACCUCGCAACACCUGGUCUUUACCACCGCUCAACACUUCCUGAAAUUCGCCCACCUCACAGACUCACCCGACCUUCAUAUUCCAGGUGACACGCCUGAAGUUGACGAAAGAUGUCGCAGUAUCGAACGUGGUGCGAAAAUUGUCACUGUAAUACCUUCCACCUAUGCAGUCAUUCUCCAGAUGCCACGAGGCAACCUCGAGACGAUAUACCCGCGAAUCCUGGUCCUUACAGGGAUACGACGACAUGUCCAGGCCGGCGAGUAUCUUGCAGCGUUUCUCGCUUGUCAGACACAUCAGGUCGAUCUCAACAUCCUUCAUGAUCUCGACCCAGAAAAGUUCCUUGCUAGCAUCCCCGACUUUAUCAGUCAGCUCAAGAAACCCAGUCGAAUCGAUGAGUUUCUAUCGAAGCUCAAGGAUGAAGAUGUGACCAAGACUCUUUACGUCGAUACGACAAGCAACAAUAACAAUAAUGAUGUGUCGGUCGCGGUGCGCCCACCUUACAAUCCCAAGAGCACAUCCGACAAGGUCAACCGAAUCGCCUCUGGAUUUCUCGCCGCCUUCGAUGCCAACCCGUCGACGCAUGCUCAGAACAUCAUUACGACACAUGUAUGCAAACGGCCUGCAGACUUGGACUCAGCUCUCCGGCUCGUGUCAUCGUUACGACAGUCAUCCACCGGAUCAGACGAGGCUGAAACCGCUGUCUCGCAUUUAUGUUUCCUCAGCGACACGAAUCGACUAUACGAUGCAGCUCUAGCGCUCUACGACCUGGAAUUAACCCUUCUGGUCGCACAAAACGCACAACGAGAUCCACGCGAAUACAUGCCGUUCCUCGAAUCCCUCUCAGAACUCCCCGAGCUACGACGCAAAUAUACCAUCGACAACCACCUCAAGCGCCAUUCCAAGGCCCUCGUAUCCCUUCACGCCAUGCAAGUCCACGACGAAGUCUCCAACUACACGGUCAAACAUUCACUAUAUACCACAGCAUUGACGCUCUACAAAUACGACCAACCACACCUCACUUCCAUCACACGGCUCUACGCCGACCACCUCGCCGCCCAAUCCCAACACACAUCCGCCGCAACUCUAUACGAAUCUCUCGACGACUACACCUCAGCCUACCCUCUCUAUGCUCUAGGCCACAAAUGGCGCGAAUCACUCACCUGCGCACAACUAGCACAAAUCCCAAAGGACAAACUCACAACACUCGCCCAUUCCCUCGCCACCACCUGUACCGACAUCACACGAGACUACCGCUCCGCAGCAGCCAUCCACGUCGACUACCUCUCUGACAUCCCUGGCGCCGCACAAUUACUCUGCAAAGGCUCUUAUUUCGCCGAAUCACUCCGAUUACUAACUCUCCACCAUGAACUCCAAUCCAUCCCCGUCAUCAUCGACACAUCCCUAACCGAAAAAUCCGGCGAAAUCCUCGAAUUAGUCGCCGAUUGUCGAACCCAACUAGCUUCACAAUUACCUCGUAUCGCUGAGCUACGGCGUAAGAAACUCGAGGAUCCAUUGGCGUUUUACGGUGGAGAUGCCGCUCUCGCUGCUGCGGAUGGACAUGAUAUUCCUGACAAUAUCUCGCUGGCGCCGACAGAUACGUCUACUCAUGGUGGACAGUCGUUGUUUACGCGCUAUGGAGGGAGUGAUAAUAGUCGGUUUGCGGGGACGGUGGCGAGUAAUGUGAGUAGGAAGACGAGUAAGACGAAGAGAAGGGAGGAGAGGAAGAGGGCGAGAGGGAAGAAGGGAAGUGUUUACGAAGAGGAGUAUUUGGUGGCGAGUGUGGGGAGAUUGAUUGAGAGGGUCAAUGGGGUGCAUGAUGAGGUGGCGAGGUUGGUGGCGGGUUUGUUGCGGCGUGGUAUGCGGGAGCAGGCGGAGCAGGUUCAGAAGGUGGUCAGGGAGAUUGUCGUGUUGUGUGGACAGGCGAGGGAGGAGGUUUGGGGGGUUGUGGAUGCUCAGAAUCAAGUUGAUCAGCAGGGUUUGAUGGCAGAUUCAUCUUCGUCGGGUGCAAGACCUCCUGGUGCGGAUGGUGUGCUUUGGGAUAGUCAACAAGAGGCUCAGGGGAGGAAACAAGCACCUGAAGUCAAGGAGUGGGUUGAAAAUGACCUUCUCGCGGGGAAUUCGGGCUAGGGUUGUCUAUUCAAUGGCUCGAUGAUGCAUCGCCAGCAUGGAAGCAUGGAAGCAUGGAAGCAUGGA